CUGGGAUUACAGGCGUGAGCCACUGCGUCCAGUGUCUCCCUGAGUCUUAAGGGAGAAAUACCUCAAAGAAGAACUUGAUCUUCCUCUGGGGCAACUUCCCUGCUUCCCUCCUGGGCAAAUCCAGCCAGGUUUCCUUCCCUGGGUGCAAAAUUAGUUCCACUGGGUGCUCAACUCACACAUGCUACAGAUGGAUUAACCGAGGCAACAAGGGCCGGGCCAGAGCCCCCACUUAACAAGUGGGUCUAGAGUCGGCUGAGCCCCCGGUGUGACCCAGACCUUUCUCUGUGUUAUCAUCAGUUCCUCUGGGUUAGGGGUCUCCAGCAGCCUGUCUGAGCGGGGCGGCUGCUGCAGAGGCUUCCGGAACUUUCUGCCCCUCCUUGGCCGCCUCCCCGCCCCCGUCUCCCACAGGGCCCUGACUUUCGGUAAAUGACAGUGGCUCAGGAAACCAAGGGGCCCACACAGGAAGGAGCCGAGUGGGACUUUCCUCUCGCUGCCUCCCGGCUCUGCUCUCCCUUCGAAGGUCCAGGGUCCCUGCCUGCUAGGCAAGUUGCACUCAUGGCACCUCCGAGUGAGGAGACACCCCUGAUCCCUCAGCGCUCCUGCAGCCUCUUGUCCACGGAGGCUGGUGCCCUGCACGUGCUACUGCCCGCUCGGGGCCCCGGGCCCCCCCAGCGCCUAUCUUUCUCCUUUGGGGACCACUUGGCUGAGGACCUGUGCGUGCAGGCUGCCAAGGCCAGCGGCAUCCUGCCUGUGUACCACUCCCUCUUUGCUCUGGCCACGGAGGACCUGUCCUACUGGUUCCCCCCGAGCCACAUCUUCUCCGUGGAGGAUGCCAGCACCCAAGUCCUGCUCUACAGGAUUCGUUUUUACUUCCCCAAUUGGUUUGGGCUGGACAAGUGCCACCGCUUCGGGCUACGCAAGGAUUUGGCCAGCGCUAUUCUUGACCUGCCAGUCCUGGAGCACCUCUUUGCCCAGCACCGCAGUGACCUGGUGAGUGGGCGCCUCCCUGUGGGCCUCAGCCUCAAGGAGCAGGGUGAGUGUCUCAGCCUGGCCGUGCUGGACCUGGCCCGGAUGGCGCGAGAGCAGGCCCAGCGGCCAGGAGAGCUGCUGAAGACUGUCAGCUACAAGGCCUGCCUGCCCCCAGGCCUGCGCGACCUGAUCCAGGGCCUGAGCUUCGUGACGCGGAGGCGUAUUCGGAGGACAGUGCGCAGGGCCCUGCGCCGCGUGGCCGCCUGCCAGGCCGACCGGCACUCGCUCAUGGCCAAGUACAUUAUGGAUCUGGAGCGGCUGGAUCCGGCUGGGGCCGCCGAGACCUUCCACGUGAGCCUCCCUGGGGUCCCUGGUGGCCAGGACGGGCUGGGGCUGCUCCGCGUGGCUGGUGACGGAGGCAUCGCCUGGACCCAGGGAGAACAGGAGGUCCUCCAGCCCUUCUGCGACUUUCCAGAAAUCGUAGACAUUAGCAUCAAGCAGGCCCCGCGCGUUGGCCCGGCCGGGGAGCACCGCCUGGUCACUGUCACCAGGACAGACAACCAGAUUUUGGAGGCUGAGUUCCCGGGGCUGCCCGAGGCUCUGUCUUUCGUGGCGCUCGUGGACGGCUACUUCCGGCUGACCACGGACUCCCAGCACUUCUUCUGCAAGGAGGUGGCACCGCCGAGGCUGCUGGAGGAGGUGGCAGAGCAGUGCCACGGCCCCAUCACUCUGGACUUUGCCAUAAACAAGCUUAAGACUGGGGGCUCACGUCCUGGCUCCUAUGUUCUCCGCCGCAGCCCCCAGGACUUUGACAGCUUCCUCCUCACUGUCUGUGUACAGACCCCCCUUGGUCCUGAUUAUAAGGGUUGCCUCAUUCGGCGCAGCCCCACAGGGAGCUUCUUUCUGGUUGGCCUCAGCCGAUCCCACAGCAGUCUUCGAGAGCUCCUGGCAGCCUGCUGGGAUGGGGGGCUGCACGUAGAUGGGGUCGCAGUGACCCUCACCUCCUGCUGUAUCCCCAGACCCAAAGAAAAGUCCAACUUGAUCGUGGUCCAGAGAGGUCGCAGCCCACCCACGUCCUCCCUGGUUCAGCCCCAAUCCCAAUGCCAGCUGAGUCAGAUGAUAUUUCACAAGAUCCCCGCUGACAGCCUAGAGUGGCAUGAGAACCUGGGCCAUGGGUCCUUCACCAAGAUUUACCGGGGCUGUCGUCACGAGGCGGUGGAUGGGGAGUCCCGAAAGACUGAGGUGCUGCUAAAAGUGAUGGAUGCUAAGCACAAGAACUGCAUGGAGUCAUUCCUGGAAGCAGCGAGCUUGAUGAGCCAAGUGUCGUACCGGCAUCUCGUGCUGCUCCACGGCGUGUGCAUGGCUGGAGACAGCACCAUGGUGCAAGAAUUUGUACACCUGGGGGCGAUAGACACGUAUCUGCGAAAACGUGGCCACCUGGUGCCAGCCAGCUGGAAGCUGCAGGUGGUCAAACAGCUGGCCUACGCCCUCAACUAUCUGGAGGACAAAGGCCUCCCCCAUGGCAAUGUCUCCGCCCGGAAGGUGCUCCUGGCUCGGGAGGGCACUGAUGGGAGCCCGCCCUUCAUCAAGCUAAGUGACCCUGGGGUCAGCCCCGCUGUGUUAAGCCUGGAGAUGCUCACCGACAGGAUCCCCUGGGUGGCUCCCGAGUGUCUUCGGAAGGCCCAGACACUUAGCUUGGAAGCUGACAAGUGGGGCUUCGGUGCCACGGUCUGGGAGGUGUUUAGUGGCGUCACCAUGCCCAUCAGCGCCCUGGAUCCUGCUAAGAAACUCCAAUUUUAUGAGGACCGGCAGCAGCUGCCAGCCCCCAAGUGGACAGAGCUGGCCCUGCUGAUUCAACAGUGCAUGGCCUAUGAGCCAGUCCAGAGGCCCUCCUUCCGAGCCGUCAUUCGUGACCUCAACAGCCUCAUCUCUUCAGACUAUGAGCUCCUCUCAGACCCCACACCUGGUGCCCUGGCACCUCGUGAUGGGCUGUGGAAUGGUGCCCAGCUCUAUGCCUGCCAAGACCCCACGAUCUUCGAGGAGAGACACCUCAAGUACAUCUCACAGCUGGGCAAGGGCAACUUUGGCAGUGUGGAGCUGUGCCGCUAUGACCCGCUAGGCGACAACACAGGUGCCCUGGUGGCCGUGAAACAGCUGCAGCACAGCGGGCCAGACCAGCAGAGGGAUUUCCAGCGGGAGAUUCAGAUCCUCAAAGCACUGCACAGUGAUUUCAUUGUCAAGUAUCGUGGUGUCAGCUACGGCCCGGGCCGCCAGAGCCUGCGGCUGGUCAUGGAGUACCUGCCCAGCGGCUGCUUGCGCGACUUCCUGCAGCGGCACCGCGCGCGCCUCGAUGCCAGCCGCCUCCUGCUCUACUCCUCGCAGAUCUGCAAGGGCAUGGAGUACCUGGGUUCCCGCCGCUGCGUGCACCGCGACCUGGCCGCCCGAAACAUCCUGGUGGAGAGCGAGGCACACGUCAAGAUCGCUGACUUCGGCCUAGCUAAGCUGCUGCCGCUUGACAAAGACUACUACGUGGUCCGCGAGCCGGGCCAGAGCCCCAUUUUCUGGUAUGCCCCCGAAUCCCUCUCGGACAACAUCUUCUCUCGCCAGUCAGACGUCUGGAGCUUCGGGGUCGUCCUGUACGAGCUCUUCACCUACUGCGACAAAAGUUGCAGCCCCUCGGCCGAGUUUCUGCGGAUGAUGGGAUGUGAGCGGGAUGUCCCCGCUCUCUGCCGCCUCCUGGAACUGCUGGAGGAGGGCCAGAGGCUGCCGGCGCCUCCUGCCUGCCCUGCUGAGGUUCACGAGCUCAUGAAGCGGUGCUGGGCCCCUAGCCCACAGGACCGGCCAUCAUUCAGCACCCUGGGCCCCCAGCUGGACAUGCUAUGGAGCGGAAGCCGGGGGUGUGAGACUCACACCUUCACUGUUCACCCAGAGGGCAAACCACACUCCCUGUCCUUUUUAUAGCUCCUGCCUGCAGACCUCUGGAUUAGGUCUCUGUUGAUUGGCUGUGUGACCUUAGACAGGGAGCUGCCCCUCUCUGGGCCUCAGAGGCUUUAUAAGGGUCCUCUACUUCAGGAACACCCCCAUGACAUUGCAUUUGGGGGGCUCCCGUGGCUUGUGGAAUAGGCUGUGGCCUUUGCAAUCUGUUACGAUUCAAGACAGAUUGGCAGAUGUGUCAGUGACACUCUGAGUCCUGGCCCAAAGAAGCAAAGAACCAAAUUUAAGACCCUCCUAUCUUCCUAUCCCCUCAAGCCCUGGCCCCCUGAGUUUCCUUUUCUCUCUCUCUUUUUAUUUUUAUUUUUAUUUUUGAGACAGAGUCUAGCUCUGUUACCCACAGUGGAGUGCAGUGGUGCAAUCUCGGCUCGGUGCAACCUC